GGCUUCCUCCCUUCUAUAAAGGCCACGCCUCCGUUGUUCAUCGGCACUCCACAAGAUCAUUAGAUCAACAAUCUAGCACUAGCAGCAGCUUGCCAUCGAGCUGGAGCGCGCCACGUACACGUAGCCAGGUCCACGUCUAUCUUGCCAACCAACAGUGCAGUACCAUGACGUCGCGCCACAGGCGGCAGCCCUCGCGCGCUGUGCUUGUCGACUUCGACGCGGUCGACAUCGGCGACGAGCCCGCGGCGGCCGCAUCCAAGGGCGCGGCGUCGACGCGCGGCCCCGGUGCCGGCGGCCGGAGCGAUGCUGCCAAAGCAGGGCAGGUAGGCGAAGGCCAGGGCAAGACGCUGCCUCCGGCCACCGGCAGCGGCCGCACGCCCGCGCCGGAGGGGGCUGGGAAGGGGCAGUGCGACGGCAACGAUAAGCGCUAGGUGGGUGGCCGCACGCUGCCGGCACAUUGCACGCGGCAGCUAGCUGUUCGAUCUGCCCGCAAAGCACGACGGCCUAGCUUGGCUGUGCUCUCUACUUCUAGGCCGGCCAGUUUCCAAAUCCUACAUAUGUUUGGGAGUCCAGUAUGUGAUCCCUGGACCCUAGCUACUACUCAGUAUUAUCUACUCCUAAGUUCGAGGAGAGCUCCCGUCCCGUCCACUGUACCUCCGCUGGCUAAUCUGUAUUAAGUGUACAAACGUGCUAGUACUUUGUAUCCGUAUAAUGCAAAGACUGUAAGCAAGAAGUCCUCCGUGCCGUGUUGUGCCUCUGAUCACCGACUAAAUAAGACCCGGAGUUCUUCCA